UCCCAAAUCCGGCCUGCAACAUCAAACAAACAACCCUCUCUCUCCCCCCCUCUCUCUCUCUCUCUCCCUCUUCAAUCCAUACAUGAGGAUUCGAAAGAGAUCCUUGUUUCCUCUCCCUCCUCUCUCUCAUCCCAUCUCUCUCUUAAACCCCUCAUCAAAGACUCCAGGCCAACAACCACAACAAAAGAAAGAAACAACAACAACAGCAGCAACGACAGCAAAAGGAAGAGAAGAAAAGGAAAGAAAACAAGUUCAAGGACUGCACUUGAAAGGGGAUCAUUCCAAACAUGUCCAUUCCAAAGAAGAAGAAGAAUACGUGGAUCGAUCUGAGCCGUCUGAUCUUCGUCUUACAAUAGUAAAGAAGAGAAACGGAUGCAUUUCAUCUUAUUUUCUUAUGCCCCCAAAUCCUCAUCAGACCUUGGAAGGAAAAGAAGAGAAAGGAGAGGAUGAUGAAGAGAGAUUGAGUGCCGUCCACAACCACAACAACAACAACAGUAAGAGUUGGGGUGCAGAAACUGCUGCUGGGUAUAUGCUUCCUCCCUCUUCUUCUUCUUCUUCUUCUUCUCUUCAUCCAGUAGUUGGGAGAUGGUUUGGAGGGGAGAAAGAGGUUGCAUUGAAGAAAAGGCGAGAGAGCGAUGGCAAUGAAGAGGAAGAAAAGGAGAUGAUGGUGAAAGAGAAGAAGAAGGUGAAGACUAGUAAGAAGAUGAAGAAGAACUUGAAUGAAAAUGAAAACAGUGAGAAGGAUGAAGAAGAAGAAGAAAAAGAUGAGGUUGUUAGUGAUGGUGGUUUUGCAAAGAAGAGAGGGUGUGGCAAUGGCAGUAAUAGCAGCAUCGUCGGCGGUAGUGUAAUGGAGGGCUCGAGGUGUAGCCGUGUGAAUGGGAGGGGCUGGCGUUGUUGCCAGCAGACGCUCGUCGGCUACGCUCUCUGCGAGCACCAUCUUGGUAAGGGAAGGCUGAGGAGCAUGACUAGCGUCCGCAGUCGUUCGUCUGCGAUAGUUGCUUCACCAAAGUGUCGCGAUAACAACAACAACGACGACGACGAUGAUGAUGACAAUGAUAUUGGGUUAUUGUUGUUGUCGUAUGAGCAAAGGGAGGAGGAGCAGAAUCAAGACGAAGAAGAAGAGGAGGAGGAGAAGCUGAUGAUAAUAAAGGAGAAGAAGAAGAAGAGAAGGAAGAGAAUUGGGAUGGUGAAGGCUCGAUCCAUUAGUAGCUUGCUCGGCCAAACGCCACAUGCAGCUUCAACCACAACCACAACCACAGCAACGACGACGACGACGACAACCAACGAUAUCAGCAACAAUGUGGUGGUAUGAAUGGAUGAAAAUGAUUUCUAUUUCUAUUUUUUAUGGAGUGGGAAUUCGCCACCGUCUGUCAUUUUCAAGUUGUGGUUUGAUCAUCCGCCAUGCACGUUGCAUGCAUAUAGAGCAAUCUGGAUCAUUCAAAUCUUGGGUCCCAUUAUCAUUGGUUAUUGUCAAAAAUCUCAAUGAUUGGAUUAUCGUAACCAUCCGAUAGUGCCCGUUGGAUCUGGACCAGUGGCCAUUUCAGGUACAACCGUCCAUUCGAUACCCAACAAUUUGAUGGUUAGGAUUGCUUAAUCAAUGCAACCUUAGGCCCCACUAUUUGGACAGUCGAGAUUUCCAUACAUGCCACGGUUAUGGUGGAUGAGUUUCAACCAUUUUGUAAAUGGUGGUGGACUAUUACACUAGUUGAGAGUGUCUUGCUACCAGCAUUUUGGCAUUUGGAUGGUGAAGAUAUAGACAAUUCCUUGAAGUUUGUAUUCAAACCGUUUCUUGUUUUAUUUUUA